UCCGCGGGUUGCGGCCUCCCGCGCGGCGGUUGCCAGGCGACCGCGCCCAAACGACGCCCGACGGUGCAGCCCGCUCGGGUGGAGGACCAGCCGACGCGAGAGGAAGGGGCGCGGCUGCGCUGCAGCGACCCUCCCUCCCGCCGGCGCCGGGUCCUCGGUGGCAGGCGGAGGCGCGGAGGAGGUCCGGUGGCCGGCAGGGUCCUGCCCAGGAAGAUGGCCUACUAUGGAAAAUGCAUUGACAUUGUGAUAGAGCAACUGGACAAGUUUAAGCCUGAGAAGGACAGUCCUGACCAGUUCCUGGAGGCAGCGUCCUCCUCCCUUCAGGCCCUGAGCCCCCUGAAGCAGGCAUUCGUGGUGGAGGUCCUGUCCGGCUGCCUUGAGUACCGGAAGUUACUGACCAUUGUGGUGGACGCCUUCUACGUGCGGGAUGGCCGGCUCUGCCUCUGGGCUGACUACAGCCUCUUCCAGGUGCUGUGCUACCUGGCCACAUUCCAGCUGGAUGAGCUUGGCUUCCAGCUCUUCUGCAGCAUCAUCAGGUCCCGGCCCAUACACAAGACAUGCAAGUUCCUUAGGUUCUUCUUCAACCCCUUAAACCUGGGCUCUUGGAUCAAGGAUGAAUGGGGCCUGCUCUACGAGACUACCCACGUCAAGGAGAACUGGAUUGACCCCCUGCUGAGAUGGCAGCCGGAGGUCCUGGAGCUUGUUGAUCAACUGGAGGGAGUGUCAGCUAGUCAAACUACUGUCUCCAAGACCAAGGCCAAGGUCACAGAGCCCAAGGAAUUCAAUCUGACUACGCCCAGGCCGCGGCCCAUUCCAGCACCCGAGCCAGUCCCCACCAUGGCCAAGCCAAGACAAGUCCCUCGGAGUACCUUCCAGGAGCCCAAGGAGAAGCAGCAGCUGCAGAUGAUCAAGAGACACAACCGCCUGAAGGCCGAGGAGCUACUGCUGAGGGCGAACAUUGAGGAGCUGCGGUGCGCCAUGCCCCGGACCCACAGGGAGCCGCUGGAGCAGGACUGCAAGAAGAAGCAAGGACCCCCAGCCCGCAUCCGAAAGACCCCAAGGCUGACCUUCUACAGGCCUGACCACAUCCCUGUCAAGCUGAACACUGCUGCCAUCCUGCGAGAAGGGGCCUUGUACCAGCGGCAGGUGGAAAAAGAGCUGCAGAGGGUUGAUAAGCUUGUGGAUGGGGCUGGGGACUUCUCUGAGUUCCUUGAGUGGCAGAAGAAGAUGCAAGCAAAGGACCGGGAGGAGCAGCUGGCUGCAGGCGAGUGCCGGCGGCUGCAGGGGAAGCUCAGCCACGAGGAGGCCAUCCUGGCCCGGCAGACCCUCGCGCAGGAGAACAAGCAGAAGGCAGACCGGAAGAAGGAGGAGACAGCCGAGUUGAUGCUGCAGUGUGCCCAGAGGCGGCUCAAGGAGGCCAGGUCCAUGAAGGAGCUGGUGGAGCAGGUGACAGAGGCACAGAAGAAUGUCAAGGUGGCUCAGAUGAAGCUCGUGAAAGGCCGACGGCAGAUAGUUCAGGAGGUAAUGGAGGAGAGCCGGGAGAUGUUGCAGCGCAAUGCAGAAGCAGCCAGGGAGGAGCAGAGGCGUCGCUGUGAACUCAUCUCGCAGCUGCGUGCACUGGAGACACAGCCCACACGCAAGGGCAAGCUGGUAGACCUGACCCAGAUCCCCGGGUAUGGUGUGGAGGGGGAAAUGUCUGUUGUGGAGCUGCGAGAGCGACUGGCCCUGCUCAGAGAGACCCAGCAGCGUGAGGAGGAGGAGAAGAGAGAUCAAAUCAUCCAGGGCAAGCGUGCCAAGAGCCAGGAGCUACUCAACACGGUGGAGCGGCUCUCACUGUGCCGCAAGGCCAUGGGGAGAACUGCAGCCAUGAGGUGGGAACAGAAGAAAGCCCAGGCGGCCACGGGUGCGCCCUCCCAAGACGAGCGCGUCCUGGAGCUGCAGCGUAGGAUCGAGGAGAGGGCGGUCGAGCGCCGCAGGCGGGCGGCCCCUCUGCACGUGCCGGCGCCGCGGACUGUGCGCCGCGCGUCGCGGGCGCAGCAGGAAGCGCAGCACUGGCUGGAACUGGAGAGGAGCCGCGAGCGUAGGCUGCGAGCCCUGCAGCGCGCGGAUUCCGCGAUCGCACCCGCGCGCCGCCUGGAGGCCGCCUGAGCCGCCCGGCGACCCUGGACCUCCCUGACCCCCACGCUGCCCGCAACCCCGCCGCUCGCUCUCUGCUCCCUUGCCCGAGCCUGCAGGAGCAGGGCUGCGAUAGAAAAGGCAGGACGCCCAGUCACUAUAUGAGAAAACGUAGGUUAAACUAGUAUCUGCUCUUUAUUUGGAAUUCAACUCCUGACCUGCAUUUUUAUAUGCUAAAUCUGGCCGCCCUGGCCCAGACCCUAACCCUUCCCCAUGGCCCAACAAGUCAUUCCCAAGGCCCCUUUCUUCCCUCUCCCCGCUCUGGAACAUCCCCGGCACUGGAGUCCCCACUCUCUACCCCCACCCAGUGACUUCGCCUAGGAACCUAAGACCUGGUGUGCGGUUUGCCCGUGGGAGGAUUUUGGAGCACCAGCUAUGGGAUGGCCCUUCCCACGCCUUACCAUAUAAUCUGCAGUCCUGGGCACGACUUCUCGUACCAUUGAUGAAGUCACUGGUGUUCAGAGAGGUGAACUGCACAGCAUGGCAGAACCCAAAGCUAAGUGUGGGUGACUUUACAGAGCACCUAAUGAGCCUGGAAUCAACAAGGUUGGGGCCGCUGGGAACACCAGGUGACCCAGUGCAGGGACCAGGGUGGAUUUGUUAACUGGAGAACAGGCCUGCAGAGUAAAAAGCCUGCUGGUCCUCAAGAACAAAAGCACAUCAUGCUGCUGCUCACUGAAAGGAUAAAAUGUGGGCCAGUCCCUGGGGUGGGGCACAGUAAGGGAGGGGCUAGAAACAGCCACAAGGAUAGAUGUUCAGGAGAGGGACACCUGUCCCCAUCCUCCUUGGGCCUGCUGACCUGGUACCUCAGCAGUGGAGGCUGGGCAGUGACAAGAACAGAUUUAAGGGUCAGAGUCCUACCCCAAUAUUCAAUACAUAAUAUUGUAUUAGAAUCCCAGGACUUUCCCACAACCCAGGUUGGUAAAGAGAAAUUCCCAUCUCCCUUGUUGAAUCAGAGCAGAGGGCAAGGGCAGAUUAAAUUUA